GUCAUUUGUACACAUUUUAAUUUACGACUGGUAUCACCUCUCAAAUUUUCAAUACUCUUCCUUCCUUUUCAUAGCAGCACGUGUAGACGCGGACGACUUGCUUAUCAUCUUAUAGAAUAAUUUCGCUUAGGUUCGGAUCAAGAUGCCUUCAGACGCAAAAAAGCGAGCACAACAGAAGAAGAAAGAGGCAGCCAGUAAUAGGAACAAAAAGAAUGUAACUCGGGUGACGAACUCCGAAGAGAACGGUACAGCGACCAACGGCACCGCCAAGGAGGAGUCAAGAGAGCUGACGGCUGAAGAGGCGCUAUGUCUCAAGCUGGAGGAGGAAGCGAGGAUAAACUCGGAAGCCCGCUCGUGCACCGGCUCCCUGGCCGUCCACCCUCGCUCUCGUGACAUCAAGAUCGCGAACUUCUCCAUCACCUUCUACGGAUCAGAGUUGCUCCAGGAUACGCUGCUUGAGCUGAAUUGCGGACGGCGAUAUGGACUGGUCGGGCUUAAUGGAUGCGGCAAAUCGUCGCUUCUCUCCGCUCUCGGCCGCCGCGAGGUCCCCAUCCCGGAGCACAUCGACAUAUUCCACCUGACGCGGGAGAUGCCCGCGUCCGACAAGAGCGCCCUGCAGUGCGUCAUGGAGGUCGACGAGGAGCGGAUCAAACUGGAGAAGCUGGCCGAGGAGCUGGCGCACUGCGAGGACGAUGAGUCUCAAGACCAGCUAAUGGACGUGUACGAGCGCCUGGACGAGCUGAGCGCGGACACGGCGCAAGCCCGCGCGGCCAACAUCCUGAACGGUCUCGGCUUCACCAAGGAGAUGCAGCAGAAGGCCACCAAAGACUUCUCCGGAGGGUGGCGUAUGCGUAUAGCGUUAGCACGCGCGCUGUACGUGAAGCCACACUUGCUACUGCUGGACGAGCCCACCAACCACCUGGACCUGGACGCGUGCGUGUGGCUCGAGGAGGAGCUCAAACACUACAAACGUAUUCUGGUGCUCAUCUCACACUCCCAGGACUUCUUAAACGGAGUCUGCACCAACAUAGUGCAUAUGAGCAAACGGCGCCUCAAAUACUACACGGGCAACUACGAGGCCUUCGUGCGGACGAGAAUGGAACUGCUCGAGAACCAGAUGAAGCAGUACAACUGGGAGCAGGACCAGAUUGCGCACAUGAAGAACUAUAUCGCCCGCUUCGGUCACGGUUCGGCCAAGCUCGCGCGCCAGGCGCAGUCCAAAGAGAAGACGCUGGCCAAGAUGGUCGCCCAGGGGCUCACAGAGAAGGUCAUCGACGACAAGACGCUGAACUUCUACUUCCCCUCAUGCGGCAAGGUGCCGCCGCCCGUCAUCAUGGUCCAGAACGUGUCAUUCCGCUAUAACGAGAACACGCCGUGGAUCUACAAGAACCUCGAGUUCGGCAUAGACCUGGACACGCGGCUGGCGCUGGUGGGCCCCAACGGCGCGGGCAAAUCCACGCUGCUCAAGCUGCUGUAUGGAGAUCUGGUACCAACAACGGGCAUGAUCCGCAAGAACUCCCACUUGCGCAUCGGCCGCUACCACCAGCACCUGCACGAACUUCUGGACCUGGACCUGUCGCCGCUCGACUACAUGAUGAAGGAGUUCCCCGACGUGCGCGAGCGAGAGGAGAUGAGGAAGAUCAUCGGGCGAUAUGGCCUAACUGGCCGGCAGCAGGUGUGCCCAAUGCGUCAGCUGUCAGACGGGCAGCGGUGCCGAGUAGUAUUCGCGUGGCUCGCGUGGCAGACCCCGCACCUGCUGCUGAUGGACGAGCCGACGAACCACUUGGACAUGGAGACCAUCGAUGCGCUCGCCGACGCUGUCAACGACUUCGAGGGCGGGCUGGUGCUCGUCAGCCACGACUUCCGGCUCAUCAACCAGGUUGCCGAAGAGAUCUGGAUCUGCGAGAACACAACCUGCACCAAGUGGACGGGCGGCAUCCUCAAGUACAAAGACCACCUCAAGACCAAGAUCCUCAAGGACAACGCCGCCAACGCGGCCAAGAUACGCAAAUAGUCCAAUGCUUAGCCUUACACUUAUAUACGCACCGCGUAACGCCCGAGUAGCCGAGUACAUAGUAGCCCAGAUAUUGUCCUUCCUGCUCCUAAUGAGGGAGAGCACUUAUGAGCAACCUACGUGUGGUCUUCCCUUAUAUCGACACAAAUACGGAAGGCAGCGAUUCAAUAAUUGGCGCUUAAUAAAGUAAGGCCAUGCAAGAACACAAGAACACGCCAUUUCCUAUAUCUAUCGCACUCUCCCUCAACGGCCAAUACCACAGUGCGAGCAGGACAAUAUAAUUAUAUGCGUGAGAUAGAAAUAGGCGUGUUAAUGUAUGAAAGGUUUCAUGCGUAUUGUACUUACGUUGAAAUGAUUCUGAUUGGUUGAAACCAGGGUCACAAAGGCUAUGUCCAGUAUUUUACGCUCGAUGUCAUUCGGCCCUGAGGUUUCGGGGAAAGCGCACGUUGAUGUGUUAUCAAUUCUGAAUUUGCACAGGUCUGAGACCACACAUAGGUAUAGGCUGGAGGUACCAUAAAUGUUUCUUGAUUAGCCGGACAUUUUUUUAAUAAUCUAAAAUUUGCCUUUUCCAGUCUUGUUUUCCCACUUCCAAUAUAUUAUAAAUAAUACUGUAAAUACAUACGAUGAAGCCGUGUGUAUACAAAGGAGCCUCAAGGAAUAUUCCGCGUUAGGAACGACGUUUGCAGCCUGUGUAUGGCACCGCCCGAUUCAAGUCUCUUUACGCUGAUGAGUUCGCUACGACUCCUUUCUUCAUACCCCAAGCUCUUUAGACGUUUUCACUAACUUACUUAUUGGUUGUUCAUCUUAAUCAAAGAUACAUUGAUUGAGUACAUUUAAGACAAUUUCGUGCUUCGAAUUUGACAGGUCAACGAGAUGGCGCUGUACAGCUGCAUACAUUUUGCGGUAACACUGAUUGUCAAAAGUUGACGUUUGACAAUUCAGUGACCGCAAAAUAUAGCGCCAUCUGUUUUGGAUGUUAAACUAAGGGGCACGUGUUUUUCUUAGACUACAUAUCUAUUACAAUGAAUUCUCUUUGCUCUUGACUUAAUAUAUACCGUGUUUUUUUUGAUUUGCGUUAAUUUCGAGGGUGCAUUCCUGUGCUUAAAUUAAGUAACUUUCUCAAAGAUACCGAUAUUCUAACUAACUCCAUUUCGGAGAUAAUCAAUCAUAAUUUUUUAUAUUAUAAGGCCCUUACGAGCGUGUACACUUGCCUUAGGGCCUGUUUACUUAUUGAUUAGUGUUUAGUGCGAGUUCAUACAUUUGCUACUAAACGUACGUACUAUCUCGGACGAUCGAUGUUAGAAAUGACAUUGAUAUAUCAGUUUUCAAUUGUUUGGUUGAGUUAAAUGUAAUGCCCGUGUUAAAACAACGCUAUAUGCAACAUUUAGUUACUUUUUAUAAAAAUAAAAAUAGUAAAAAAAAAACAAAAAAUAUUUUUUUUUUGAAAUUAACUAAGCCAUUUAGUUUCCUUAAACGUACUUACCGAAACCCCGGAGUUAACGCAAUUCAAUAAAAACACGGUGUAUAUUGCAUGAAGAUGUUUUUUUUUUUUGGUAAAUUAACUGUAGCAUAAUAUUUAAUUAUGUAUAUAAAGCCUGCACGUAAAGGUUACAAGGUUUUUUUAUUAGUAGAAACCGUAAUUUAACUACACAAGUAGAUUUAAAUUAGUAAAUUAGAUCGUGAGUCCAUGCUUUUACUGUAUUGCCGUGUGUCGAUUAAGGCAAAAGCGACCACUUUGUAAGUUGUGAAUAUUCCAUUAGAAAUGUAAUAUUGACAAGCAAUAAAAUGGUACAUUUUGCAUAAGUACGUCACGUUUUGAAAUAACAUUGGUGCUGCCGGGCUAUUAGUGAGACUUAGUGAUAGAAACAGGUAGUUUCCUUUAUACUUUCUGUUAGCCAUGAUUUGUGUCCUUAUCCAAAAGGUACCACUGUUGUAGGCAAUGCACGACAAUGGUACGUUUUGAGAAAACAUGUCACAAAGAUACCUUUAUCAGCUUAUACGCGUGGAUAACAGGAGGGUAUAGGACAGGUCGAUUGUCUCUUCCUUGGUACGUGCACGUUGCUGACAUUGUGAAAUUAUUAAAUACGUAUGAUAAAUAAAGUUGUCACUGAAUUA